AUGUCACACCUAGGACCGACGGUAGCCCGCAAUGCGCUGCGAACAUGCAGUCGCAGGGCAGCAACUACAUCCACAUCCUUCGCUGCACAAGCUCCACGAGCAUGCAUCGCCACCCAUGGCCGGAGGACGUACGUAUCAGAGACCAGCCCGAAGAACGCUACGGUCAACGUCGAACGGACAAUGCAGCAAGACCAGCAAGCUUUCAUUCGAGAGACAGGCAUCGCACCAAAAGAUACCCAGGUUCCAGCGGCAGGAAUGGGCGGCGAAGCAGCCAUGAGCCCUUCGGCCGGUAUUCUGAAGCAAGCGACCGUCAUGGAUGAAGGCACACGACCCAUCUACCUCGACAUGCAAGCCACCACACCCACAGACCCCCGAGUGCUUGACGCCAUGCUACCUUUCUUGACCGGCCUUUACGGCAAUCCGCACUCACGCACACACGCCUACGGCUGGGAGACGGACAAAGAGGUUGAGCGAGCGCGGGAGCACAUCGCCAACCUCAUCGGCGCCGACCCCAAGGAGAUUAUCUUCACGAGUGGCGCAACAGAGAGCAACAACAUGAGCAUCAAAGGCGUGGCGCGGUUCUUCAAGAAGGGCGGGAAGAAGAACCACAUCAUCACAUGUCAGACGGAGCACAAGUGCGUGCUGGACAGCUGCCGGCAUCUGCAAGAGGAGGGCUUCGAGGUCACGUACCUGCCGGUUCAGAAUAACGGAUUGGUGAGCAUGGAGGAGUUGGAAAAGGCCAUCCGGCCUGAGACAUGCUUGGUGUCCAUCAUGACGGUGAACAACGAGAUCGGGGUCGUGCAGCCCGUUGAAGAGAUCGGCAAGCUGUGCCGCAGCAAGAAGAUUUACUACCACACCGAUGCUGCGCAAGCUGUUGGCAAGAUCCCACUGGACGUGAACAAGAUGAACAUCGACCUCAUGUCGAUCUCUGCCCACAAGAUCUACGGACCGAAGGGCAUUGGUGCUUGCUACGUGCGGAGGCGACCGAGGGUUAGAAUCGACCCCAUCAUCUCUGGUGGUGGACAGGAGCGAGGACUGCGAUCUGGAACACUUGCGCCGCCGCUCAUCAUUGGCUUUGGUGAGGCGGCGCGGAUAUGCAAAGAGGAGAUGGAGUACGACACCGCCCGCAUCAAGUCCCUCUCCAGCAAGCUGUCCAAAGCCCUCCUCUCCAUGGAACACACCUCCCUUAACGGCGACCCCUCUGCCCACUAUCCCGGCUGCGUCAACGUCUCCUUCGCUUACGUCGAAGGCGAGUCUCUCCUCAUGGCGCUCAAGGAUAUCGCCCUCUCCUCCGGCUCCGCCUGCACGAGUGCCUCACUGGAGCCAUCUUACGUCCUGCGAGCGCUCGGCAACAGCGACGAGAGCGCGCACUCCAGCAUUCGAUUCGGCAUUGGACGCUUCACGACGGAUGACGAGAUCAACUACGUGCUCAAGGCGGUGCAGGAGCGAGUGACAUUCUUGCGGGAGCUGAGUCCGUUGUGGGAGCUGGUGCAGGAGGGUGUGGAUUUGAAUACCAUUGAGUGGUCGCAGCACUGA